AUGGCUUCGGGAGGGAAGGCCAGGCCCAGCGCUAUACCCAACGUCGGCACUGACUUCGAGUUACUGCUUGGCAGAUGCGCCGCCGCAUGCUCCAUGCUCCCCAUUGAUGACCUCUUCUCUAGGGGCAAGCUGGUCCCGCUCCGUAUCCCGACGCCCAAGGAUGAGAUGGGUGCGCUCGGGGUGGUGAAGGUCGAGGUCGAGGUGACUGCGCAGUCGAUGCUGCUGCCGAAACAGGAGGAGCCCCUGGUGCCGGCGCAGCAAUAG